AUGGCUCCUCUAAAAUUGUUCCAUGUGGCCUAUGUCCUUAUCAAAUUUGCAAAUUCUCCUCGUCCAGAUUUGUGGGUAUUAGAGAGAUCAAUAGACUUUGGAAGAACAUAUAUACCAUGGCAAUAUUUUGCUUAUUCUAAGGCGGACUGUUGGGAACGUUUCAGAAAAGAAGCUAAUAGUCCUCUCAGAAAGGAUAAUGAUGUCAUUUGCACAACAGAAUAUUCUCGGAUAGUGCCUUUAGAAAAUGGAGAGAUUGUGAUAUCCUUGGUAAAUGGCCGUCCAGGAGCAAAUUAUUUCAGCCCUUCUUCCAUACUUGGAGAGUUUACUAAAGCCACAAAUAUUCGUUUACAUUUCCUCAGAACCAACACUCUACUUGGACACUUGAUCUCUAAAGCUCAGCGGGAUCCAACUGUGACACGCAGAUACUACUAUAGUAUAAAAGACAUCAGCAUUGGUGGACAGUGUGUUUGUCAUGGACAUGCUGGUGUGUGUGCUGCGAAAACUGACCCAGUUAAUACUUACAGGUACCAAUGUGAAUGUCAACACAAUACUUGUGGGGAAACCUGUGAUCAUUGCUGUCCAGGGUAUAAUCAAAAAAGCUGGCAAUCUGCAACAGCCACUAGCCCAAAUCUCUGUGAACCCUGCAACUGUCAUGGCCACGCCCUUGACUGCUAUUAUGAUCGUGAGGUUGAACAACGUAAAGAAAGUUUAAAUCUUCAUGGACAGUAUCAAGGGGGAGGAGUCUGCAUUGACUGUCAGCACAACACAGCUGGUAUAAAUUGUGAGAAAUGUUUGAAGGGUUACUAUCGUCCAUAUGGUAUUCCAAUCACAGCAGUGCAUGGAUGUAUACCCUGCAGGUGUAGCCCUGAACAUUCCAAUGGCUGUGAAGAAGGGUCAGGUCACUGUUAUUGUAAGCUGAACUAUCAGGGUGAAGCCUGUGAUCGGUGUGCUGAUGGAUACCAUAGUUAUCCUUUCUGUUACCCCUGUCAAUGUUAUGGCUCAGGGAUGUUCAAUAAUGAUAUUUGUGAUCGCGGUACAGGUUCAUUACAAUGCUAGACUGGAUUUCAGGGUAUUCUCUGUGACAGAUGUGCGAUUGGGUAUUUCCAUUACUCUUUCUGUCGAAAUUCAUAUCUUUUUGCAGCUUGUCAGUGUUCACGGUAUGGCUCCUACCAAGACACAUGCGAUCCAACCACAGGCCAGUGUGAAUGUCAACCUGGUUUCAUAGGCCAGCAAUGUGACAGAUGUAUCUCAACAAGUAGAACUUUUCCUCAUUGCCAAGGGGUCAUCAAUGAAUGUGAUCCUGCUGGAACCAGAGAUUCUUUUUCUGGCUAUUGCCAGUGCCUACAAAAUGUAGAAGGCCCAACUUGUAGCAUCUGUAAGCCACUUUAUUGGAACCUGGCUAGUGCUAAUCCUUAUGGAUGUAUAGACUGCCAAUGUGAUAUAGCUGGAGUACUAAGUGGAAUUAGAGAAUGUCAGCAGUUUGGUGGUGAGUGUUACUGUAAACCUAAUGUUUGUGGAGGCCCUUGUGAUACUUGUGAAGCUGGUUAUUAUGGCCUGGAAACCAAGAAUUAUUUUGGAUGUCAAGGAUGCAAAUGUGAUGUGGGAGGGUCUGUAAGUCAUGUCUGCAAUGACCUGUCAGGUGACUGCCAAUGCAGAAGGCACAUAAUUGGGAAAACUUGCAUGGAGCCUGAAAAGAAUUAUUACUUACCUGAUUUACAUCACAUGAAGUUUGAAAUUGAGGAUGGUAUAUCUCCUAAUGGAAGAGGAGUCCGAUUUGGUUAUAAUCCUCAAGAAUUUCCUGGCUUUAGUUGGAGAGGUUAUGUACAGAUGUCUUCAAUACAGAAUGAAGUCAGGAUAACUUUGAGUGUGAAGAAACCAAAACCCUAUUUAUUUCAUGUUAUCUUGAGAUAUAUAAAUCCUGGAACUGCAAUAGUAUCUGGCCACAUAACAGCUUAUCAAUCCCGGACCCUAAAAGGGACUGAUCAGAGUAAAGACAUCUUCUUCCCACUCAGUAGAGAGCCAGCUUUUGUAACUAUUCCAGGAAAAAGUUUUGCAGAUUCAUUUUUAUUGGGACCUGGAACUUGGAUGUUUAAAAUCAUGGUAGAGGGUGUCCUUCUGGAUUACCUAGUCCUCUUACCAAGUGACUACUAUGAAGCAUCCAUCUUGCAAUUUCCAGUCGUACAGCCUUGCACAUAUUCAGGAUAUAUCCCAACAGAUAAUUGUUUGCAGUAUGAAUACUUGCCAGUAGAUAAAUAUCGCUGUGUUUUUGGUACAGAAGUAACAUUUUUCUUGCAUGGGGGAGAAUACCGAAAAACAACUUUCCAACAGCCAACAGUCAAACAUCCAGUGAUGUCUCAUAUUAAUGGCCAGGAGGUGAAUCUACAGAUCAAACUGAAGGUUCCCCAAGUUGGCCGCUAUGUAAUCAUCUUUGAGUAUGUCACAGAUCAUGACCUAAUUUAUGUAGGUAAAAUAAAGACUGAGAGUCUUGGGCAAGUGAUGGAGGCUAAAAUUAAUAUAUACAGCUGCAAAUAUAGCUUCCUUUGUCGCAGUGUUGUGAUCGAUGAUAUGGCUCGUAUUGCAGUUUUUGACCUUUUGGCUGAUACCACAUUACAUCUCAGGUCAUCAGCUAUAGAUUUUCUACUGCACAAAAUUUGCAUUAUUCCAACUGAGGAUUUUUCUCUGGACUAUGUGGAACCUCAAGUUUAUUGCAUUGCAACAUAUAGCCAUGGUUUAAGUGCCUCCUGUAUACCAUUGCAAUAUGAAAAGCCUCUUGAAGCUGUAGUUUUGGAUGCUCGGAGGAACAGCGAAGUUGUAGAAGGGUCAAGACAUGUGGUCUUCGGGGAUUCAUUGAGUUCUCCUUUAUCCUCUUUUCACUCAGCUAAUGGUGUGACUCUGUCUUCCUCACAGAACCAAAUUACCCUGAAUGGGAGAGUCCCACAUAUAGGCCAACAUGUGAUCAUUAUACAUUUUUAUCAGCCAGAAAAUCCAACAUUUCCAGUGCAAGUAUCAGUGGAUGGAGGACAACUUUGGUCAGGUUCUUACAAUGCUUCGUUUUGUCCACAUAUUUCUGGAUGUCGAAGUCUGGUAAUGUCAGAAAAUCAUAUUGAAUUUGAUAUCCUUAAACAUGACUUCUCAAUCACCAUGAAAAUUCCUAAUGGAAGAACAAUGGUAUUGGAGCAUAUCCUGGUUGUUCCAGCACAUAGCUACAGCUAUUCACUUCUUCAUAAAGACAGUGUGAUUCGUUCAACAGAUUUCAUCAGCCAGUGUGGUGGAAACAGUUUUUACAUUGUCCCUGGCAAUUCUUCAGAAUUUUGUCAAAAUUCAGCUCGAUCACUUGUGGCUGCUUUUAAUGAUGGGGCACUGCCAUGCAAUUGUCACAGAAAGGGUGCCACCAGCCCUACUUGCAACCCCGAGGGGGGGCAAUGUAACUGCAGACCACACAUCAUCGGUCGCCAGUGUAGCAGGUGUCAGACAGGUUUCUAUGGAUUUCCAUUCUGCAAACCUUGCAGCUGUGGAAGGCGUCUUUGUGAUGAUGUCACUGGGAAAUGUCUUUGUCCCCCACAAACUGUUAAGCCUAGAUGUGAAGUGUGUGUGAGGUUGCACUUUGGAUACCAUCCAUUUAUUGGCUGUGAAAAAUGCAAUUGCUCAAGCAAAGGAGUUAUCAGUGCUAUGAAUCCUGAAUGUAAUAAAAUUGAUGGGCAGUGCAGAUGUCGCUCAGGAAUAGCAGGGCGGCGGUGUGACCGUUGUGCUCCUGGUUCUUAUGGCUUUCCCGACUGCAAACCUUGUAAAUGUAACAGAGGAGGAACAGAACCAGACAUCUGCAACCUACAAACAGGAGUUUGCCUCUGUAAGGAGAAUGUUGAAGGGGUGCAAUGUGACAUGUGCCGUUCAGGAUCGUUUUAUCUGGACCCUGCUAAUCCCAAAGGUUGUACUACUUGCUUUUGUUUUGGAGCAACUGAUAUUUGCCACAGUACAAAUAAACGUAGAGUCAAGUCCACCGACAUGAGAAACUGGCAUCUGGAAGCAGUGGGUAAUGCCAUGAGUAUUCCUACAACUUUCAAUCCUAUUAGCAACAGUGUUGUUGCUGAUGUUCAGGAAUUACCCCCCUUUCUACACAAUUUAUAUUGGGUGGCACCAUCAUCUUACUUGGGGAAUAAGCUUUCUUCAUAUGGAGGAUAUUUAAGCUAUCAGCUGAAAUCCUUUGGCUUACCUAGUGAAGGCAUGGCUCUCCUGAAAAAAAGACCAGAUGUACAGCUAAUUGGAAGGGAGAUGAAAAUAUCCUAUAUAGAUCCUAAUAAUCCUUUGCCAGACAAAAUGUAUUAUGGAUCAGUUCAAUUAGUUGAGGGGAACUUCAGGCACACCAGCAGCAAUAACUUAGUAUCUCGAGAGGAGCUGAUGAUGGUCCUGUCUAGACUUAAUGGAUUACAAAUCAGAGGUCUUUACUUCACAGAAACUCAGCGGUUAACCUUGGGCGAUGUUGGUCUGGAAGAAGCCACCAGUACAGGAAAUGGUAAUAUCGCUUAUGCUGUAGAGACGUGUUCCUGCCCUCCUGAAUAUAUGGGUGAUUCAUGUCAGGAAUGCAGUCCAGGAUUCUAUCGUGAGAGUGUGGGUCUAUUUACAGGAAGGUGUGUUCUGUGCAAUUGUAAUGGAAAUUCAGAUAAAUGCCUGGAUGGUUCUGGAAUUUGUAUUAACUGUCAACAUAAUACUGCUGGAGAAAAGUGUGAGCGCUGUAAAGAAGGAUACUUUCGAGAUGCCAGUCAAGGACUUUGUAAGGAAUGUCACUGCCCUUAUACAAACAGUUUUGCUUCUGGCUGUCUGGAAGAUAAUGGAGAAAUUCAAUGUUUUUGCAAAGAAGGCUAUUCUGGAAAGCAUUGUGAAAGCUGUGCUCCUGGUUAUUUUGGAAAUCCAUUGAAAUACAGAUACUGUCAAAAAUGUAAUUGCCUGGAGAAUGGCCAGCUCACAAAAUGCGAUCGCUUGACUGGGGAAUGCAUCAGCCAAGAACCAAAAGACAUAGAUCCAAAUGAAGAUUGUAAUUCUUGUGGGAGUUGUGUAAUCACAUUGCUGGAGGAUUUGAGUACAAUGGGAAGUGAGCUCCGAGUGAUUGAAUUUCAAAUGCAAAGUAUCAACACUAGUGCCCAACUGCUGGGCCAGAUGAAGUACCUGGAAGUCCGUAGCAAGCAACUGGAGAGUCUGUUGAAUCACUCUCGUUCUGUCAUUAAAACGCAAAGUUCAAAGGUAGAUGAAAUGGAGACAAAUUUAUUUCACCUUAAUCAAAAUAUUAAUUCUCUGAAAGAAAAGGCUGAAGAUAAUUACAAGAAAGCACAAACUCUUUUAAAUAAUUUUAGUACAACUAAUCAAAGAGGAAGAGCUUUAAUUUCAAAGAUCCAAUCUAUUCUCAUCCAUAUCAAGGUUCUCUUGGGACAGAUAGACGGCACUUCUACAGAAGGAACCUCUGUGCCUACCAAACCCUCUGCACAACAGCUUCUGGAAGCUCAGCAAAUGAUCAAUGAAAUGAGAAGCCGUAAUUUUGGCCAACAGCUAACGGAAGCAGAAAAGGAAAAAGGGAAAGCCGAACACUUGCUAGAUCGAAUAAGGAAUGAACUAGAAAAGCGUAAAGCAAACAACCAAGGGCUCAUUAAAAUUGUGAGAGAUUCACUAAAUGAAUAUGAGUCCAAGCUCAAUGAUCUUCAUGAAUCUUUGAGAGAGGCAAAGGAACAAACCAAGCUAGCUGAAAAUUUAAAUGGAGAAAAUAAACGCCUUUUGGAAGAGAUUAAGAAACAGACAGAAGAGAUGACUGGGCAACAGAGUACCAUAUGGGAUCUUCUGAAUUCCGCUAAAGCAUCGGUGUCUCAAACAAACAGUAUAUUUGAAUUGUUCCAGAAGAGUAAGGAGGAAUAUGAAAGCCUAGCUGCCAAUUUGGAUGGAGCAAAGAAAGAUCUGGAUGAAAAACUGAAGAACCAAUUCUUAUCGUCCAGUAAGGAACCUUUGGUAGUGAAAGCGGAAAUGUAUGCUAACUCUUUACAAGACCUGGCAAGAAAGUUGGAUGAACUCAAGAAGAAUGCCAGCAAGAACGAGAUAGUGACCUGUGCUGUGGGAGCUGCUAACACUUUUGAGAACAUUACUGAUAUUAUUAGAGCAGCAGAAGCAGCAGCCAACAAAGCAUCAAGUGCAGCAGAUUCAGCUUUAUCAAUAGUGGAUGAAAAAGAUCUGUCUGGAAUGGCUGAAAGACUGAAAACCAACAGUGGAAAAGUGUUGAACAAAGCACGAGAAACACAGAAGACAUUGCAAGAUCUCAGUCCAGCACUUGAUGAUAUGAGGAGCAAACUUCAGGAAGCCGAACGCAAAAAAACUACAGUACAGGGAGUUCUUAGUGCAUUCCAAAAUAACCUCCAGGAAAUAAAGAGAGAUAAUAUAGAGAGCUUAAUCACAACUGCAAAUACCAUGAUUAAGAAUGCCAACAAUAUUACUACAAACGUACUCAGUGAACUGGACCCAAUUAAAGCUGGAGUUGAGAACAUAAAGCAGACCUAUGAAAAUGUACAGAUUACUGAUUUCAACAAGGCUUUGAGAGAAGCAAGCCGUUCAGUAAAUAACUUAACAAGCAUGCUCCCAGAUCUGUUUAACAAGAUUACAAAUAUCAACCAGCAAGUCAUCUCAACAAGCAAUAUAACAGAGAAUAUAAAUCGCAUCAGGGAGCUCAUACAGCAAGCCAGAGAUGCUGCAAAUAAGGUGGCCGUCCCUAUGAAAUUCAAUGGCAAAUCGGCAGUUGAGGUUCGACUUCCUGAUAUCCUGGAUGAUCUGAAGGGCUACACGUUCCUUUCUUUCCUUCUACAAAGGCCUAAUAAAAAGGAAGACAUGUCACAACCGCAGACAUCUGAUAUGUUUGUCAUGUAUCUGGGUAACAAAGAUCGUUCCAACUAUAUUGGUAUGGCUAUUCGUGGUGGUCAUCUUAUUUGCGCCUAUAGCCUAGGAGGCUCUGAAUAUGAAAUACGAGUGACGGAAAACAUGUAUGAGAAAAACACCAGGGACAUAGCUUUGGAUCAAAUCACAUUUAAGAGAAUUUACCAGUAUGCAGAAUUAGAAUACAAGCAUGCUGCACCCUCAGAUUUGUCAGUCAAAUAUGAACCUUUUCAAGUUCCCAGUAGGAAUAGUAACACUCUUCUUAACUUGGAUCCUGACAAAGUGGUCUUCUAUGUGGGAGGAUAUCCACCAGAAUUUACGCCUCCUAGUACACUGGACUAUCAACAUUACAAAGGCUGCAUUGAAUUAAACAGCUUAAAUGACAGAGUUUUCAGCUUAUACAAUUUCAAGAAGACUUUUAAUCUUAACACUACUGCGGUGCAACCAUGCAGGAGAUACAGAGAACAAUCUGCUGACUUUUACUUUGAAGGCAUAGGUUAUGCACAAAUAAAGGCUUCUCCAGGCACAGGACCCAUAAGAUAUGAACAAACCAUUCAAACUGCUUCAGAUGUCGGGUUGGUGUUCUUUGCAGCAAAUCAGGACAAGUUUAUUAGUUUGCGAAUUGAAAAUGACCGCCCAAUAUUCACAUACAAAGUUGAUUCACAACCUCCAAGAGAAAUAACAAAUGGAACCAUGAGCAGCGUAACAGAAAAACUGGUUAUUUUACACAUUUCCCCCAAACAAUAUAUUUUUGGGAUUGACAAACUUAGAUUAUAUGCCAGCGUGAAUACAUUUCAUUUUGAUUCAUAUUACUUGGGAGGAAUUCCAAACUCUCUAAGAGAACGGUUUAAUAUAUCCAUACCACCAUUUCGUGGGUGCAUGAUGAAUAUUAAAACCUCAUUUGAACGUUCUAUAAGCUUCUCUGAAAGUUUUGGUGUCAGCAGAAAAUGCCCGGAGGAUUGGAAGCUGGUGAGAACUGCAAACUUUUUCAAGAAUGGAGUUCUUGACUUAAAUGAUAAAGAUUUUCCAUUUCCUGAUAAUUUCCAAGUUGGAUUUGGUUUUCACACAUUGGCAGUUAAUGGAACGCUAUUAAGUUAUAAAAUACAGCUUGCUGAUUUUACUGUUUUCCUAAGAAAUGGCUAUGUAAUUGUAAUCUUGGCUGAUGAAGAAAUCCAAUCGAGCAAAAAAUAUGAAAUUGGUUCAAUGCAUUACAUAACAGUGAUAAAAGAAGAUGAUAUGCUGACGUUAUUAGUUGAUGAUAUGCCUAACUCAAAAACAGUUGUAACACCUGAAAGAAAAUUAAUGAAUCAACCAAUAAAACUGGGUGGGAAUAACUUUGAAGGAUGUAUGUCCAAUGUCUUUAUAGAAAGUUCAGAACUACCUGCUCAGGUUCAAAAUUUAACCGGUUCUGUUAAGAGAGAUGUGUCUUUAGGGUUCUGUAUGAUUCCAGAACGACAAAAGCCAAUGCUGUUGAAAGAAUUGCCAGAUGCACACCAUCCAAAGAUUUCAAAGAAAAGGAAAACUAUUGCCUAUUUGACAGAUUCAAAUAGACAGCAGAACAAGAAUGACUGUCCUUCGCGUGCUGGGUUAAAAUUUGUCCCUGAAGCCUACCACUUUGGCAAUAAUCCAGGAACUUAUUUAUUGUUUACAGUAUCCCAAACAUCAACAGACAGAUCCCAUUUUGCUGUUGAUGUUCGUACAUCAUCGUCUAGGGGAAUGGUCUUCUUCAUGGGAGAUCAGAUGGGGAACAGAUAUGUUGCUCUUCAUCUUUCAAAAGGACGGUAUGUCCUUGCAGUUGCCUAUGAUGGAAAAAAAAUAAAAAUCAAGAGCAAAGCCAAAUACAAUGAUGGACAGUGGCAUACGGUGGUAUUCAGCAUUAAUGAAAAGAAAAUGCGCCUUAUAAUUGAUGGUUUGAAGACUCGCGAAGGAAACCUACCAUCUUCUUAUCCUUAUUCCCAGAUUGAUGCAUCAAUAUAUCUAGGAGCUGUUCCUUCAUUAAAUAUUCAGAAUAUUCCAGAGAAGAGUUUUGUGGGCUGCUUGAGAAACUUUCAAGUUGGGAGAAAACACAUGUAUACUUACCAGCAAAAUAAUGGUGUCCUGCCUUGCUUGGACAAUAUUUUGGAGAAUGGUGUUUCAUUUUUCAACGAAGGGGGAUACAUUAUGAUUGAAAACACUUUUUUAAUAAGCAUGGAAUAUAGGAUUGCAUUUAACAUCCGCCCAAGAAGUUUCACUGGCAUUUUAAUCCAUGCGGGCAGCAGUCAAGAAAACUAUUUAACUCUUUACAUGGAAGGAGGCAUGCUCACUGCCUCUGGAAAUAAUGGUGCUGGAGAGUUUUCUCUGUCAGUCAUACCUCAGCAGUCUCUGUGCGAUGGACAGUGGCAUUCUGUAGCAGUCUCUCAGAAGCAGAAUAUUAUCUACUUAGAUGUAGACACAAACAGAAAUUAUACUGCUGCACUAUCAUCUAAGCUUUCUACCAACCAUGCUCAGCCGCUCUAUUUUGGAAGAGUUCCAGUUAAUUUGGAAACACCAUGGCUUCCAAUUCAGGAUGUGUUCCUUGGCUGUUUAAAGAAUAUGAAAAUUAAUGACAAAUCUAUCUCACUAAACAAAAUGUCAAACAUUCAUGGGGUUGUCAGCCUGGAAGGGUGUCCUGUCUAUUAACUGUUCCAUAUAUAUCUUCUGAAGAUAAAGUCAUCUAAUGUGCUGUAUGGAUAGCCACAAUAUGGUUUGAUCUCUUUCUUUGGUCUUUUGCCCUUGUUUACCAUCACAGUUCAAAAGUAUGUUUUCAUAAUUGUGGUCUGUGUUGCCUUUCUUUGAGGUUUUUUGAAGCUUUUGUUGUCCUGUGUACAAGCUGUCUAUGAAAAAGCCACUUGAAAUAUAAAAUGACCUUCUAAUAUAA